CACGCACCGACCGUCCUCCUCUCGAGACGCUCUUUUGUUCGGACUGCCUCAUGUUCUGCGAAAAAAAAAUUGUUGCUCGUGCAUCUCCAUCGUUGUUCUGUGUGAGAGCUGAGAGCGAAUUCUCUCUUGCAGGCCCUCACGUUGCUUCAGCUUAGUUUUUCUUAUCCACGCCUGAAGCUUGUCGCUCCGAUUCGACUUCAAGAGAAUAAAUUUCGAUUCGUAUUGAAUUUUGCAGAUCUGAGGUGUAUACAUUCAAUACGAAUCAAGCACCAUGUCAGAACAAAGUGAUGUGUCGCAGGGUGGCCCAAACCCUGUGAUGGACAAUUUCAACAGGAUGCCUGCUUCUGACACUGCUCCUACAUCAGAGUACGCGCCUCGCAAUCGGUUCUUGACGAAGGAUAAGUCUGUUCAUCAGCUUCUAGGCGGAGGCCGAGCUGCCGAUUCGGCUCUUUGGAGGGACAAGUACCUUUCUGCUGGAACUUUGGGUGGAUCUACCCUCAUCUGGUUCUUAGUAGAAAAAUCUGGCUACACAAUUACGACACUGAUAUGCAAUAUCCUCAUGCUCAUCACUGUCGUUCUCUUUGUCUGGUCGAACGUUGCCGCUCUAUUGAAGAGGCCUGGCCCACCGGUUCCAGAGCUGUCUCUCUCGGAGGAUUUUGUUCUGAGCACGGCGAGUGUUUUCCGGAAUGAAGUGAACAAGGCUUUGAGUGCUGCUCGUACUGUUGCUCUUGGCAAGGACUUCAAGCUAUUUUUCAUUGUGAUUGCUUUCUUGUAUGUGGUGUCGACAGUGACCUCGUGGUUCAACUUCCUGACUUGCAUAUGGAUCGGCAUCGUGUUGCUGCACGUGGUUCCGUUCAUCUUCGACAAGUACGAGGACGUGAUCGAUCACCAUGCACGGAAGGCAGCGGACACGGCGAGCGUCCAGUAUAAGAAGAUCGAUAACGCAGUGCUACAGAAGAUUCCUAGAGCCCCGGCUAAGAAGAAGUUGUAGGUUCUCAGGGGGGGGUCCGCAGGGGGAGAGGAGGGGGAUGAGUAGGUUGCAUCCAAGCGGGUGAAGGACCUGUAUAUACGUAUGUAACUGGUGGAGAGUAGGACGUAGACAUAUAGCUGAAGCUUUGGACGUAUGUAGCUGCGGAGUUUACAAUGUGCAGCGUGGUAGGAGUGAUGCAAGCGGGUGUCACGAAAUACGAAUGCACAGUUAUGUUCAGUUUGUUUCGUAAACGCGUCCCUUGUGGGCAUUCAUAUUUCUUCUUGAA